ACCGAGCGUGACGUCACCGCGCGAUUGUCUGGUCAACAACUCAGCUGCUGUGGGGCGACCGCGGGAAAAUAUUCCACGUAACACAUCGGCCGGUUCCAGGGAGGGACUCCGGGACUCUCUUUCUCGGCAUCACCGUGGCUGUGUUUUGGUGAACAUAACGGGAACACGUCUCCGAAAACACGCCGAGACACGUCUGUCCGGAAUAAAGCGGAGGAGGUUUUUCUAAAUCUAAGACAGAAGGGGGAAAAUGGAGCUGGAUGACGGAGUUGUGUACCAGGACGACCCGGGGACAUCGGCGGUGAUGUCGGAGCGGAUCUCGGGCCUGGCCAACUCCAUCUACCGCGAGUUCGAGAGACUCAUCCGCAAAUACGACGAGGACGUGGUGAAGGAGCUGAUGCCGCUGGUGGUGGCGGUGCUGGAGAACCUGGACACGGUGUUCGCCGAAAACCAGGAGCACGAAGUGGAGCUCGAGCUGCUGAAGGAGGACAACGAGCAGCUCGUCACUCAGUAUGAGCGCGAGAAAGCGCUGAGGAAACACACUGAGGAGAGGUUCAUUGAAUUUGAAGAUUCCCAGGAGCAAGAGAAGAAGGACUUGCAGAACCAUCUGGAAAGCCUGGGAUCACAUUCCCGUCAGAUGGAGCUGAAGAUCAAAAACUAUUCUGACCAGAUAAGUCGAUUAGAGGAGCGAGAGGCUGAACUCAAGCGAGAGUAUAAUUCCCUUCACCUGCGACACACAGAGAUGAUCCACAAUUACAUGGAGCAUGUGGAACGGAUUAGGAUGCAGCAGACGGUAGGAGAGGCUUCUGACACGGGAACAAUGGGCAGAAUUCGGAAAGAGCGACCUCUGUCUCUGGGGAUCUUCCCCAUGUCUGCAGGAGGCUCUUCACUGACGCCUGAUGUCCAGGGCAGAGCCGAGACUCCUGGGAUGGAGGGCUGGAGAUUCAACAAUCUUAGCCAUCAGCGCUCUAAUGCCAGCCUCAAGCUGGAGGCCGAGGACACUCCUAAGAAAAGGGAGGGUAAGGAUGUUCUGGAAGCUUGGGAUUCGCUGGCAAACGACUGCAAGGACGAGCUUUCUGACCUCAGCCAGGGCGGCUCCAAGUCUGUGACCCCCAUGUCCACCACGGCCUCUGACCUGGCCCUGGACUCAAACAGAGAAGACGGAGACGCUUUCUGGAAGAACACAGAGGUGCAAGCUGUUCCUGGGACCAGAAGCGUCUCCUCAGGUUUGGCUGAUAAAGAGGAGAAGUCAGAUGUUCAGGCCAUUAUUGAAUCCACACCGGAGCUGGACAUGGACCUUGGAUAUAAAGGUGCAAGUACGCCAACCCGAGGGAUUGAGAACAUGGCGUUCGACCGCAACACAGAAUCGUUGUUUGAAGAAGUGUCAUCCGCGGGCACGGGACUGAUCGGAGAUGUGGAUGAAGGAGCCGAUCUGUUGGGCAUGAGUCGUGAGGUGGAGAAUCUCAUUCAGGAAAAUGUUCAGUUGCUUGAGACAAAAAAUGCAUUGAAUGUGGUGAAGAAUGAUCUGAUCGCUCGCGUGGACGAGCUCUCCUGCGAGAAGGAGGUCCUUCAGGGGGAACUGGAUGCGGUUUUGCAGGCCAAAGCCAAACUAGAGGAGAAAUACAAGGAGCUGGAGGAGGAGCUCAAAAAAAUAAAAACCGAGUCGGAGGUGGCCAAACAGAACAAUAAUAAGGAGGAAGAUGAGAGUGACGUGCCCACAGCUCAGAGACGGAGGUUCACGCGGGUGGAAAUGGCUCGAGUGCUGAUGGAGAGAAACCAGUACAAGGAGAGACUGAUGGAGCUGCAGGAGGCUGUCAGGUGGACCGAAAUGAUCCGAGCUUCAAGAGAAAAUUCAGAAGUUGCAGAGAAGAAAAGGUCAAGCAUCAGGCAAUUCUUCAGUCGCCUGUUCAGUUCCUCCAGUUCUGCAACGUCCAGCAGCUCGUCCAGAGCUUUACCGUCCAACGUCAAGUACAACCCACCCAGCAUCAUGAAGAAGAGCAACACCUUCUCCCAGUUCCCCAGAGAAAAGUCCAAAGCUUUCGACUUCCUCAAAGAAGAGGUGGACUCGAGUGGCUCUCUGUCCCGCCGAGAGCAGAAGCGGGCUCAGUAUCAGCAUGUGAAAGCACACAUGCAGAAAGAGGACGGCCGGGUGACCGCUCAUGGCUGGAGUCUCCCAGGAAAAUACAAGGUUGCCAAUGGUGGUCCAGUAGAGAACAAAAUAAACCUGCCGGUUCCUGUGUGUCUCAAGCCACUGGAGCAGAAAGAUGCUUCUAUGAAGCUGCUGUGUGCCACUGGAGUGAAUCUCUCUGGAGGACGCUUGUGUGAUGGAAGCUCUGCUGUCUCUGCUGAAGACUCCACAGUAGAGACAGACUCAACUAAACAGAGGAAAGGCUCCCAGAGCAGCCUAGAUCAGCUAGAGCAUGAGCAUAAGGAGCGGGAGCAGACGCUGCAUGUAGAGAUGUCCAGUCGAGUCUGGAUCUGCACGAGCACUCACUCCUCCACUAAGGUGAUGGUCAUAGAUGUGACGCGACCUGACGACCUCCUGGACAGCUUCUACGUCUGUAACUCAUGUGUGCUGUGUAUCGCCAGCAUACCAGGAGUGUUGGAGACGGAUUAUCCCGCGGGGGAGGAGAUUCAUCAGGAUCUGGAUGCGGGACCGGAUGCUCUAUUGGCCAGCGGCAGCUCUCAGGGCAGUGAGGGAGUGUUGAGUGACGUGUCGGCGGUCAGCUGUGGUGUUGAAGAGUCCAGUUUAGGCUCCCAGACAGGCAGCACAGGAGCCCACGAACAGUCUGCUGAACAGAGUCCCGCCAGAGGAAGUGAUCUCUCCAGAGCUCCCAGUGAAGAUGGUCUCCCUGCCGCUGAGGAGGCUAUGGAGGCCACUGAAGAGGACCAGGAGAGUCCGGGACAGGACAGCAGUCAGCCGGGUAUCUACACGGAGCACGUGUUUACAGACCCGCUGGGAACAGAGUCUUCUGGGGCUUCAGCAGACCAUGAUAACCAGAGAGAGUCCUAUCAGGACAGGGAUGAUACGAGCUCAGCAGGGGGCAAGACGGAUCUGGCAAAAGAAGAGACACAGCGGAUGAGCAGUGCACUGCCCACCAUGUGGCUGGGGGCUCAGAACGGCUGUUUAUAUGUGCACUCUUCUGUCGCUCGAUGGAGAAAGUGUCUUCAUGCUGUUAAGCUUAAGGAUUCCAUCUUGAACAUUGUACAUGUGAAAAGCCGUGUUUUGGUGGCUCUGGCUGACGGUACACUGGCCAUCUUCCAUAGAGGUCUUGACAGCCAGUGGGAUUUAACCAACUACCACCUUCUGGACCUGGGCCGACCACAUCACUCAAUCCGCUGCAUGACUGUGGUUCACGAUAAAGUGUGGUGCGGCUACAGGAACAAGAUCUACAUCAUUCAGCCCAAAGCCAUGAAAAUAGAGAGGUCUUUCGAUGCUCAUCCGCGUAAGGAGAGUCAGGUGCGUCAGCUGGCCUGGGUGGGUGACGGGAUCUGGGUGUCCAUCCGUCUGGACUCAACACUCCGCCUCUUCCACGCUCACACCUUCCAGCAUCUGCAGGACGUGGACAUUGAGCCUUACGUCAGCAAAAUGUUAGGAACUGGAAAACUGGGCUUCUCUUUUGUGAGAAUCACGGCUCUGAUGGUUUCCUGUAACCGGCUAUGGGUGGGAACAGGAAAUGGUGUCAUCAUCUCCAUCCCUCUGUCAGACUCUGUAGGUCAGUGUGGAUAUCUAGGUCAGAGGGCAGCUAACAAGACGGUGGGAGCAAUCGCCUCUCGUCCUGGCGGAGCAGUGCGUGUGUACAGCGAGGACGCUGUGGACGGUGGAGUGACCGGCUCAUACGUCCCGUACUGCUCCAUGGCACACGCACAGCUCUGCUUCCACGGCCACAGGGACGCUGUUAAAUUCUUCGCUACAGUUCCAGGUCAGGUUAUUGUGCCUGGAGCUGAAGGUGUGACUGAGAGCUCCGAGUCUUCAGACGGAAAGAGCAUGUUGAUCAUGAGUGGAGGAGAAGGAUACAUCGACUUCAGAGUCGGUGAUGAGGAUGGAGGUUUGGGACGAGAUGAAGAUGAAGAAUCAGCUGAACCCACACUGAAACUGCAGUCGGCUCCUGCCAAACCCGAGCGCAGUUAUGUUAUAGUCUGGCAGGUUGCGAGCGACCGAUAAACCACUGAUCAACAGAGAACUCUAGGUCAAACCCACACAUGGCGUAUUAUUUUACAACAUACUAUUAUUCUUAUUAAUACAGAUAUUAUUAUUAUUGAUAGCGUUGUUCUUAAUACUUAAAUCACUAUGAGUUCUUUAAUAUUUGUGAUUGUUUAUUUAAUGAUCUUCUUUUAUAUGAAUCUGGCAUUGACUGACAGAAAAGGGAUCAAUGUUGAAAUGAAGGAACAAAGCGAUGACUUGAAUUAAGUCCGUCCAUAACUAUAUUGCAGAUAUGCCGGAGAUCAAAUGUUUGGAAUAUUUAGAAUUUUUUUAUGUUGAAAAUGUUUUGUUUUUUUUAUCUUUAAUGCACAGUUUUAUUAUAUUAAUUGAUACAUUUAGUAUAAUUAUUAGCCCCU